AUGGCCAAUUGUCCCAUUAUUGCUGUGGUAGUUAUUGUCUUGACCGUAUUAAUCGAACCUAAGGCGGUGGUGUUUGAAUGUGGUCUGAAUUGUGUCUGUGGACCUGAUUGCGUCAACCGGACAUCACAGGGAGAGCUAAAGUACCGACUUGAGGUUUUUCGUACUCCAAAGAAAGGUUGGGCUGUUAGAUCUUGGGAUUAUAUACCUUCCGGAGCUCCUGUUUGUGAAUACGUAGGAGAACUUAUGAAGACAGAUGACAUCGACACUGCUACUGAAAAUAAUUAUAUUUUUGACAUUGAUUGCCUACAAACAAUGAAGGGGCUUGAUGGGAGAGAGAGACGCAUGCGAGAUGUAUCUUUGCCAACAUAUUUGGAAAGAGAUGAUAAGACAUCUGACAGCGUGCCAGAAUUCUGCAUUGAUGCGGGUUCCACCGGAAAUGUUGCCAGGUUUAUCAAUCAUAGCUGUCAACCAAACCUUUUUGUGCAAUGUGUCUUGAGCACCCACCAUGAUAUUAAACUAGCUCGGGUGAUGCUAGUUGCUGCGGACAAUAUACCGCCACUAAAGGAGCUUUCGUACGACUAUGGCUAUGCACUUGAUAGUGUCAUGGAUCCUGAUGGUAGGAUAAGGCAAAUGACAUGCUAUUGUGGUGCACCAGGUUGUCGGAAGCGCUUGUUCUAG